GUUUGCCUCUUGAAGUCGGAGACAUACCUUGUUUCUAGACGCAAAAGUGCAGAUCGCAGCACUGUCCCAUGGGCUAGACUGAUGAACCUCUUGAUCGCUUCGAGAAGACGCUGUGGAGCUGGAAAUUCCUGUUCGAAGUUGUCCUUUUUCCAUCUCAUGCGAACGAGUGGUAUAUCAGAGUAUUUUCCCUUGGGCGUUGCUCUUCCCAGGUGUGAAGUUUCUGGAUCGUUUUUCCGCCGGAUCGGACUUCUCUUUCGACAAGCACCCUCUCGAUAGCCGACAACAUGAGGGCCGGCGGGCUGAUCUUCUUUCUCGUGAGCCUUGUUGCUCUGGGUCUGUCACAGUCUAUGCCAUCGUGUGCCGCUGACUGUCUUGCACAAUUUUUGGGCAAUUCUACCUGUGCCCCGACAGAUUCUGCAUGCAUUUGUGCAGAUUCGGUCUUGAUGGGCAAUGUGCAGGGAUGUACCUUGGCCAGUUGCACCGUGAAAGAGAGUCUAGCCGCCAAGAAUGCCACCAUGACUCUAUGCAAGCAGCCCAUCCGAGACAACACCGCGGUCACGCCCAUUGUGACUGCCGUCAGCGGAAUCAUAGCCAUUAUAUGUGUCAUACUUCGUAUAGCGGAUCGAUUCCCCAAAUGGGAGACACUCCAAUGGGCAGAUCUCUGCGUUGUCAUAUCACUGCUACUUGCUCUUCCCAUGGCGAUUCUAGAGUUCUUCAUGAGUAGCGAUGGCUUCGGAAAAGACAUUUGGACAAUCACACCCGACAAAAUCACUCAAAUCGUUCAGUUUACCUGGUUGACCGAAAUCUUUUACAUGUGUGUGAUUGGUUUCACAAAGAUGGCCCUGUUGCUCCUUUACUACAGGGUUUUCCCAGCGCAAACCUUUAGAAGAUUGAUCAUCGGCAGCAUGGCGGUCUGCGCUCUUUACAUUCCCACUUUCGCCCUCGGCAUUGCGAUCCAAUGCAUUCCAGUCUCUUAUGCCUGGACAAGCUGGACGGGUGAAACAAAGGGCCAAUGCAUGAACCUCAAUGCGUUUGCUUGGGCUCACGCAAUCGUCAACAUCAUUUUCGACAUUUGGAUCAUCUUGCUUCCGAUCCCACAACUUUUGCAUCUCAAAUUGGGACGCAGAAAGAAGGUUCAUCUUGUCUUUAUGUUUAGUAUUGGAUUUUUUAUCACCAUUGUCAGUAUUGUCCGACUGACUUCUCUUGUUCAAUUCGCAAACUCUACCAAUCCCACAUAUGACAACGUCCCUACCGCAUACUGGAGUGUCCUCGAAGCUUUUGUCAGCAUCAUCUGCACAUGUCUCCCCGCCGUCCGAGCGUUAUUGCGAAAGGUCUUCCCGACUUGCUUCGGCAGCUCCUCCGACCCCAAUUCGGAGUCGAGAACGUAUCGAAUUUCCCGACCUUCGGCACUGCGAAGUGCAGACCACUUGGGCAAAUCCGGCACCCAUUCUGCAAACGUCUACCCUCGGAGCGGUGACUCUGAUGUGAUUGAGUUGGUACACAAUGAUGACACCAAGGACUCCAAAUAUAACAACGGGUGGUGA